AUGCCGAAGAUCAAACCAGCGGCUAGCGGCCGCCGCCGCGAGCGGCAGCAACAACGCGGGCAGCUGAAGAGCGCCGGAGGACUCAUGUUCAACACGGGGAUUGGGCAGCAUAUUUUGAAAAAUCCUCUCAUUGUUAACAGCAUUAUCGAUAAGGCUGCCUUGCGACCGACUGAUGUGGUGCUGGAGGUUGGACCUGGAACUGGCAAUAUGACUGUAAAGUUGCUGGAAAAGGCAAAAAAGGUAAUUGCUUGUGAACUUGACCCAAGGCUAGUAGCUGAACUUCACAAAAGAGUUCAGGGCAUGCCUCUGGCCAGCAAACUUCAAGUAAUGGUGGGUGAUGUGUUAAAAACAGAUCUGCCAUUCUUUGAUGCUUGUGUGGCAAAUUUGCCCUAUCAGAUCUCUUCUCCUUUUGUCUUCAAGCUGUUGCUGCAUCGACCUUUUUUCAGAUGUGCUGUACUAAUGUUUCAAAGAGAAUUUGCUCUCCGACUGGUUGCAAAACCUGGAGAUAAGUUAUACUGCAGACUGUCAAUUAACACACAGCUGUUAGCACGUGUGGACCAUCUAAUGAAAGUUGGAAAGAAUAACUUCAGACCACCACCCAAGGUGGAAUCCAGUGUGGUAAGGAUAGAACCUAAGAAUCCACCACCACCUAUCAAUUUUCAGGAAUGGGAUGGCCUAGUAAGGAUCACCUUUGUUAGGAAAAACAAGACACUGUCUGCUGCAUUUAAGUCAAGUGCAGUGCAACAGCUACUGGAAAAAAACUACAGAAUUCACUGUUCGGUCCAUAAUAUUAUAAUACCAGAAGAUUUCAGCAUAGCAGAUAAAAUACAGCAAAUCCUAACCAGCACAGGUUUUAGUGACAAGCGAGCCCGUUCCAUGGACAUAGAUGAUUUCAUCAGAUUGCUACAUGGAUUCAAUGCAGAAGGUAUCCAUUUUUCUUAG